AUUGUCUCAUUCACAUCUGACAUGAUCCCUCGGCUGGUGUAUAAGUACGCGUAUCACCUGGGUUCUGAGAGCACGAUGGAAGGAUACAUCAACAACAGCCUUUCAGUCUUCAACAUCUCAAAGUUCCAACCGGAAAACCGUCCAGACGACGGCGAAAACCCGGACUGGUUCUACAGCUCCAACAUCACCACCUGCAGGUACCGUGACUACCGCUACCCUCCAGGACAUGAGAAGCAGUACACUCAUACCAUGCAGUUCUGGCACAUUCUCGCUGCCAAAUUAGCCUUUAUCAUCAUUAUGGAGCAUGUGGUGUUUGUGGUGAAGUUCUUUGUGGCGUGGUUGAUCCCCGACGUGCCGUCAGAUGUGAAAGCCCGUAUAAAGCGCGAGCGCUACCUCAUCCAGGAGUACCUGCACAACUACGAGCUGGAAAAACUCAAAAUCCAGCUCAGCCAGAACGGCCCGAACAUCGAGCAGUGCACGUGUCCCGCUACAGCCGCCACACCAGUGAAGCUGGAGGUGUUUUCAGACUGUAUGAGCUAACACAGGCCUGACCUCUCCUGACCUUGACACUAACACAUGAAAGCUUUCACUCAGCCCAUGUCUCAAACCAGUCCUCUCUAUUUCAACACAAAAUCACACGCCACUGGUUCCUAAUAUCUCACAGUUUAUGUUGGAUAGUCUUUUCACACCACAUCCACUGUUUUGGGGUUUUCCUCAACCAUGAUAUGUUACCCAGAGCCCUCAUUUUCCCCAGGGAGAUAUGCCUACAUAAACAAAAGUUUGUAUAAUAUAACAAGAUUUAUGAAGUAUGAUAAUGUUUAAAUGUAUUUAGAUCUACCUAAAGCCAUAUGAGCUGUAACUCAGUUUCUGUCUAUGCAGAAUGACACUUGCACUCUUCAAGAACAAUUAGGUUUUCUCGUGCUUUCUACAUUAUUGUUCUCUGUUAGUGUUGCCGAUGUCUCUAUAAGACACUACAAACAUAAAUACAGACUGUUUACGAUCUGUAUGAAACACUGUGUGAAAGUCUGGCAGCUGAAAUGUCGGUCAAAACAUCAAUCUUAGAUUUCAGCCCAAAACUAAACUGGGUGAAAUAUAAA